CAAGAACUUGGUCAUCUUGAGCGGACUGACGGUACGACUCCACGCAAUCUUAAAAGCAGAUAAUGAAAAGAAGAUGUGCUGUCUUACACUGGUUAAGAUGCAAGUUCUAUGUGUUUGUUGUGUCAUUGUUUGUCGUGCUGAAGCUAGUAUACGUCAAGAUUUCAAUGGACAACAGUAUUUACAUCGAGCCCUAUGGAGCUACACAUAGAUCACUCAGAGCUCAGCCUCUGAAUGGUAUUAACUGCACAGCCAUUUAUGAACUGGAACCGGUGGAAAUUGGCAAGUCAUUGGAGUUAAGACGCAAAAACAUUGUGGAAGUCGAUGAUGGGAGUAUUGUUUCUUUCACUGCAGACUGCAAAAACUACAUGGAACAAAGGGGUUAUAAUGAGGUCAUUGUAACAGAUGAGGAAUGCAGCUUUCCAAUUGCAUACUCUUUAGUGGUGCACAAGAACAGCGCUAUGGUGGAAAGGAUUCUUCGAGCCAUCUACACACCUCACAAUAUUUACUGCAUUCAUUAUGACCAAAAGUCCUCAAAAAAAUUUAUUGCAGCAAUGAAGAACUUGGAAAAAUGUUUUCCAAAUGUCUUCAUAGCCUCUAAAAUUGAGUCCGUUCAGUAUGCACAUAUUACCAGACUUAAUGCAGAUCUCAACUGCCUUUCAGAUCUUUUGAGUUCAGAGGUCAAAUGGAAGUAUGUUAUCAAUUUGUGUGGCCAAGACUUUCCGCUCAAGUCUAAUUAUGAGCUGGUAACUGAGCUCAGUAAACUGAACGGUGCAAACAUGCUCGAAUCAAGCAGGCCCAGCGAAAUGAAAAAAAAGCGAUUUCAGUUUCGGUAUGAACUGAAAGACGUGUCAUAUGAAUACCAUAAAAUGCCAGUUAAGACAGACAUUGCUAAAGACCCACCACCGCAUGACAUUGAGAUGUUUGUUGGAAGUGCUUACUUUGCCUUGACACGUGAUUUUGUGUCAUAUAUUAUGACCAAUCAACUGGCAAAGGAUUUUCUGCAGUGGACAGCUGACACAUAUUCUCCUGAUGAGCACUUUUGGGCAACGAUGGCCAGAGUGCCUGGAGUUCCUGGAGAGAUCGAGAGAGCUGAGCCUGAUGUUACAGACCUGAAGAGUAGGACACGUUUGGUUAAAUGGAACUAUCUUGAAGGCCGUUUGUAUCCACAGUGCACCGGCACACACAGACGCAGUGUCUGCAUCUAUGGUGCAGCGGAGCUCCGGUGGCUUCUGGAGGACGGCCACUGGUUUGCAAACAAGUUUGAUCCCAAAGUUGACCCUGUCAUUAUUAAAUGUCUUGAAGAGAAACUUGAGGAGAAGCAGCAUCAACAAUGCCUGAAAAGAGUGUCUUAAAAAGAAGGCCUUACUUUUUGGGCCGUGCUUUGGUGUAAAUAUGUACGUUUGCUGCUGCACUUAUGUUCGUUCAAAGCACCAGCUGACUGAAAAGUUAGCUGUAUUUCCAAGCCAUUUAAAUUUCAACAUGUUGCCAUCCUCUAUAUGCUAGGUCAGUAUGUUAAUGAGUUUGCCUUUCAGCUUCUGCUUUAUAACUUGACCAAAGAUGUAUUCAUAGGUGCUUAAGCUAUGACAUAUUUAUAUAUUUAAAUGUAUUUAAACCAAUCCUGUGAGAUGCAUGUAGACCAUCUUUUUCAUUCUAUUUGUUACUGAAUCAGUCUGUGUGGGAACUUUCUUAGGGCUUCAGCUGUGAGGGUCAGCUGAAAUGACUAAAUUUGUCAUUUUUAAAUAGUCAUCUUAAAACAAUGCCUGUAUCAAUGCCAGGGUUAUGCUGUGUCAUUUUAAAAUUAUUUAUAUAAUAACGACAAUCUCCACUGUACAUUCAAUAUUGACUGUUUCAAAUAAAGCUAUUUAGCUGUAGUACUUGAGUCUUUCUCCUUCUCUUAUUGGAACAGUGAAAC